AUGCGCGCAGGUUCUAAUCUCAAGAUUAUAUCGGACGGACUUCAAACUGACAAUACUAGGCGGUCAAUCGCAGACGUAUUCCGGAUACAGGUCGUCUCGAAUAGCGAUGUGCGGUCCCCCAUCAUAACCCUCGGCUCGACGAGCUUCUUCCAUGUGCGGAUAAACAACCUAUAUGUGGUGGCGGUCACCAAGACCAAUGCGAACGCGGCACUGGUGUUCGAGUACUGCUACCGCUUCAUCAACAUUGCACGUUCGUACUUCGGCAAGAUUGACGAGGAGGCCAUCAAGAACAACUUCGUGCUCAUCUACGAGUUGAUCGACGAGAUAUGCGACUUCGGCUUCCCUCAGAACAGCGAGAUCGACACCCUCAAGUCGUACAUCACAACCGAGAGCGUCAUGUCCUCCGGCAUAGCUGCGGAAGAGUCUUCCAAGAUAACCGCACAAGCGACCGGCGCAACGAGCUGGAGGAGAGGGGACGUUCGUUACAAGAAGAACGAGGCCUUCGUGGACGUCAUCGAGGAGGUCAACCUGAGCAUGAGCGCAAAGGGUACCGUCCUCCGCGCCGACGUCGAUGGCCACAUCCAAAUGCGCGCCUACCUCUCCGGCACCCCCGAGUGCAAGUUCGGCCUCAACGACAAGCUCGUCAUCGACAAAUCCGACCGCGGCAUGAUCGACGCCGUCGAGCUCGACGACUGCCGCUUCCACCAGUGCGUGCGGCUGCACGACUUCGACGCGACGCGCACGAUCUCGUUCAUUCCCCCGGACGGCGAGUUCGAGCUGAUGAAGUACCGGUGCACGACAAACGUGAAGCUGCCGCUGCGGAUUAUCCCGACGGUGACGGAGAUCGGGAAGACGCAGGUGUCGUACAAUGUGACGGUGAAGACGAACUUCAACAAUAAGCUGUCGGCGACGAAUAUCGUGGUUCGUAUCCCGACUCCGUUGAAUACGACAACGGUCGACUGUCAGGUGUUGAAUGGGAAGGCCAAGUAUACACCAGCGGAGAAUGCGGUGGUGUGGAAGAUCCCGCGAUUACAAGGAGGGCAGGAAUGCACGCUGUCUGCCACCGCCGAGCGCACCAGUACCACCAGCCAACAAGCAUGGACACGACCGCCCAUCGACGUCGACUUCCAGGUCCUCAUGUUCACUGCGUCCGGCCUCAUCGUCCGCUUCCUCAAGGUGUUCGAGAAGAGCAACUACAGCAGCGUGAAGUGGGUGCGGUACUUGACGAAGGCCAAUGGCUCGUAUCAAGUCAGGGGGAUCUACUACGACAUAUACCUAUAG